GCACGCUUGGUAGUGGUUGUUAUUAAGCCACGACCAUUAUAGCUUUCUUGAGAGACGCCAGCACGGAUCAAACAGAAAGUUACUAACUGAUGUUGGUUGCACUGAUAUUGAGGACUAUUCAAGUUAUUGAAUUAGCGGUUAACAGUUUUUAAACUAGGAGGAAUCUCUAAUUAUUAACAAGGAAUCAAAAAUGAAGAUAACGUUUGCAAGUGUCAUUUUCAUUCUUUACCUGGCUUUUACGAUCACUCUUCAAAGAGAAACAAAACGAGCAAAACGACAACUUGAAGGUUUGCCGUUCGAUCCUUCAGCCUUCUUUCCUGGUCAGUUUGGACCGAGUAUUGAAACACCAUGUACGACUCCUGAUGGUGGUCAAGGAGUAUGCAAAGUUCCCAGUGCCUGUUUGUUCUCAUUCGACAGUAUAGAAGACAUACAAGGUUCUACGUGUUCUUUGGGCAACAUUGGUAUCGGCACCUGUUGCCCAAGCCAAUCUGAUGGAAUUAUACCAUCAAUUCCGUUUCGGAUUCCGUCUUUGGACUUUCCUGUGCAGGUUAACAUUCCACAGAUCACCGGUAAUGAUCUGAAUAACGCUGGUGCGGCUGGACAAGCAGCUCUAACGUCAUUGCAAGCUUUAGAACAAGAGCUCAAACAACUAGGUUUGGUUACACAGAGAGGAACUUCAACUUUCAUGCACCAAGCGUUUUUCGGAACAAAAUCUCUCACUCAAAAGCUAGGAAGAGACGGAUUUGUUGGUUUGAGAGCGUCUCAAGAUUUGGCCAAAACUUUCGAACUGGACGUAAUACAAGGAAGCAACGGACUCUCUGGCUUCAGUUUGCAGGAUACAGUAGCAAGCUCAGUUUGUCCUGGUGUACCUACUUGUCCAUCGACAAAAUACCGUGCCAUAGAUGGUAGAUGUAAUAACCUAUACAAUCCCACCUGGGGCAAGUCCUUUACUGCUUUCGUCCGUUUGUUGCAUCCAAAUUAUGCUGAUGGUCUUGACCAACCAAGAAUAGCUUCUGAUGGUGGACCUCUUCCAAGCGCACGAGCUGUAUCCUCUUUAGCAACACCUGACGCAAACGUGCCUCACAGAACUUUUACCUUACUCAUUAUGCAAUUUGCGCAGUUUUUAGAUCACGAUGUAACCCUUAUUGGUUUGACAAGAGCAAGAGACGGUAGUGGUAUAGUGUGCUGCAGAGAAGAGAUUCUGAGAAACCCUAGACUCCGUCAUCCAGCUUGCUUCGAGAUCGCCAUUUCCAGAACCGAUCGCUUCUACUCACGCUAUGGUGAGACGUGCAUGGAAUUUGUUAGAUCGCUUCCAGCACCACGUCCACGUUGUUCAUUCGGUCCACGCGAACAACUAAACCAGAUUACGGCUUUUAUUGAUGCAUCCAACGUCUACGGGUCUACAGAAGAAGAAGAGAAAGAACUUAGAAGUUUCAGUGAUGGACAAAUGAAAGUUUUACGUAUAGGAAAUUCUGACCUCUUACCUACAGAAAACGACCAAAACGCCGAGUGUCAGAUGUCUCAGGGCAACAAUAACUUUUUCUGCUUUAAAGCAGGUGAUGAGCGUGUUAACGAGCAAAUUAACUUAGCUCUUCUCCACACCAUUUGGAUGAGAGAACAUAACAGAGUAGCGAGAUUGUUGGCUUAUUACAACCCAGGAUGGAAUGAUGAGAUUCUUUACCAAGAAGCUCGACGUGUUGUGGGCGCAGAGAUGCAACACAUAGUCUUCAACGAAUUAUUACCAUUAAUGUUAGGCAAACCCGUAAUGGAAGCGUUCGAUUUGUUGCUAAAACCAUCUGGAUUCAGCAAUAGUUACAAUUCACAAAUCAACCCUGGUAUUGCUAAUUCCUUUGCUGCAGCAGCCUAUCGAUAUGGUCAUACUCUUGUACAGGGCAUACUGAAUCUCUUCGAUAAAAGUAAUACACUAGUGGACAGAGUACCCCUUUCUAAUGCUUUCUUCAACCCUGAACUUCUUCCUCUGCGUGGAAAUCUGGAUUCAUUUUUGCGAGGUUUAGUCAGACAGCCUUCUCAAAAGUUUGAUUCAUUUGUCUCUGAUCAGCUAACUAAUCACCUUUUCCAACCUCAUGGUAAAGAUUUCGGAAUGGAUCUUGUUGCUUUAAACAUUCAACGUGGUCGGGAUCAUGGACUUCCAGGUUAUAAUGCUUGGAGAGAACACUGUGGACUACCAAAGGCUCAAACAUUUAGAGAUCUAGUACAAUGGAUGAAUCCAAAUUCGGCUGAAGCUUUUAGCAACCUUUACAGAAACGUCGACGAUAUAGACUUAUUCCCAGCUGGUAUUCCCGAAAAUUCUCUUCCUGGCGCCACCUUAGGGCCUACUUUUGCGUGUAUUGUGGCUGAUCAGUUUCGGAGAUUGAAGCUAGGAGAUCGGUUCUGGUUCGAAAACGGUGGUUUGGAGUCGUCCUUUACCGAAGCUCAGCUAACGGAAAUUAGAAAAUCCAGUCUCGCUCGAAUCAUUUGUGACAACAGUGAUAUGUUCCAGAGAAUGCAACCACUAGCAUUUUUGCAACCCAGAGAUCCCUGGAACCCCCUGGUGUCAUGUAACAGUACCUUGAUUCCACGACUCAAUUUCGAGCAGUGGCGUAACGAACCAGUUUGGGCAUAAGUAACGAGAUGGAGUUUCGAGAUUUGAUAACAAAAUUAACGUUAAGUUUCUUGUAAUUUUGAUUUCAUUCUGUAGAUUCCGAACAUUAACAAUUUUCAGUUAUUAUUGAAUUGUUUUGAAAUCGUUAAUUAAUCUUGUUUUUCUCGUAAUGGUGUGGUAAAUGAGCUAAGUGUAAAAUCUUUAUAUAAAUAUAUUUCUUUUUCCUUGAAAAAUAUAUGUUCUUGUUUACUUAGAAUAAAGAAAUAAUAUUCAAAUUUAA